AUUCCUUUCCAUUUGCUCAAAAAAUUAGGAGAAGCUUUUCGAUUCUCAUGCAAAUCUAAAAAACCUCAAAAUCGAUUUCCAAUUUGCUCCAAAAAUAACUCCACAAAAAUUGAUUUCUCCCGGAAUUUUUGCAAGACCGUCCGUAUCCUCUUCUCCUCUCUGCAGCUCCCAACUGAGAAAUUGAUGAUUAGCGAGGGAAAGGGAAGAGAUAAAUCGUCAGAAAUGGAAGAGAGCGGCACGACAGAGGCAGUGGCGAAGAUGACGGCAGCGUCGAUCCUUCCUCUCUUGCAGUCUCAGACAGUCAAAGCCAUGACUUCGAAUUCAUGGUCGGUUUGAUGAACUCGAGUGGGCUUGCCUGUUUUGAUUGCAUAAUUUAUGCCGCUGAAUAUCGUUGGCUCGAUAUUUGAAUCUCUUGUAUGUUGCGUGGGUGGAAGAUGAGAAG